AUGGUUGAUAAAGAAGUACAAUGCGAGGCGGUGGCUUGGAGGCUGGUCGGCCUGCUGGGCAGCGACCAGGGGUCUGGUCUGCGCGCGCGCACUGCCAGACUCGCAACAGCUCUCGCCAGUUACAUGCCAGACACGAAGGAGGCCAUCGACACCAGGAGAAGGCAUCUGAGUUGUUUGCUGGGCAGCGACCAGGGGUCUGGUCUGCGCGCGCGCACUGCCAGACUCGGAACAGCUCUCGCCAGUUACAUGCCAGACACGAAGGAGGCUAUCGACGCCAGGAGAAGGCAGUUGGAUGCAGCAGUGCAAGCGACCAGGGGUCUGGUCUGCGCGCGCGCACUGCCAGACUCGGAACAGCUCUCGCCAGUUACAUGCCAGACACGAAGGAGGCUAUCGACGCCAGGAGAAGGCAGUUGGAUGCAGCAGUGCAAGCGACCAGGGGUCUGGUCUGCGCGCGCGCACUGCCAGACUCGGAACAGCUCUCGCCAGUUACAUGCCAGACACGAAGGAGGCUAUCGACGCCAGGAGAAGGCAGUUGGAUGCAGCAGUGCAAGCGACCAGGGGUCUGGUCUGCGCGCGCGCACUGCCAGACUCGCAACAGCUCUCGCCAGUUACAUGCCAGACACGAAGGAGGCCAUCGACGCCAGGAGAAGGCAGUUAGAUGCAGUAGUGCAAGCGACUAGGGGUCUGGUCUGCGCGCGCGCACUGUCAGACUCGCAACAGCUCUCGCCAGUUACAUGCCAGACACGAAGGAGGCUAUCGACGCCAGGAGAAGGCAGUUGGAUGCAGCAGUGCAAGGUCAGCUACUCAGUAUUAGUUUUUAAGUAUAAUAACUUGUGCAAGCGGUCCCUUAGAGUCUGGGUUGUUUGCUGGGCAGCGACCAGGGUUCUGGUCUGCGCACGCACUGCCAGACUCGCAACAGCUCUCGCCAGUUACAUGUCAGACACGAAGGAGGCUAUCGACGCCAGGAGAAGGCAGUUAGAUGCAGUAGUGCAAGCGGAUUCAUCGGGGGCACUCAUAUCCCUCCACGUGGCAAUGAAGAAUGAGCUGCAGCGGCAUGUGGAGGUCUACAAGCAAGCCCUGCAUAAGCUCGAAGAGCUGUCACCGGUUACACUGAACCAGGAUCCUGCCUCUUCGUCCCACCAGCGUCUGCUGGCGCUGUCCCACGGCGACGUGGAGCGGAGGUUGAUAGACAACAAGUCGUUACUGACGAUCGUGGACAAGCCGGCCCUGAGGCAACUGCCCACGCUGGUGGAAUCGCUGGCGGCGAGGGUGGAAAGUGACAAGGCAGUCUUGGCUUGUCUGAAAAGAAAAAAAUCCGACAGCGCCGUCCGUCCGUCCGUCAGAAUCACUUCGCCUGUCGCCGGUGUACUGAUGAGCUACUCUCGCGGCUGCACGGCGGUCCUAGCCCAGAUGUCGGAGGGGGAGAGAGAGAGCGCGGGGGGAGCCGCACCCCGCUCCCCCACCGACUCCGCCAGUGACGGAUACCAUUCGGACAGCGAUGACUCCCCGCAACUCUCUGACAGAUGUUGGAGGGGGAGAGAGAGCACCGGGGGAGCCACUCCCCACUGUCCCACCGACUCCAUCAGCGAUGGUUUCCCGCAGCUCUCUGACAGGUCCGAUUAUCGUGCGAAUCUACUCCAAGUCUGGGCUGGAGGCUUCACGAGCUACUCUCGUGGCAGCACGGCGGUCCUAGCCCAGAUGUCGGAGGAGGAGAGGGGGGGGCGGGGCGGGGGGAAGCACCAGCCGCCAGCAAAAGCAGCUAGCUCCACAGCUUUCUGAUAGGUAAGAGUUUCAAGUAAAUCACCCCAUCAACCGACUAAUUUUAUCGUAUCACGCCCACUACCAUGUACCUACCUUGUUUUUUCUAUGAUCAUGGACUAACUAACGGAGCGUUAUUCCAUGAACAUGGCACUUUCAACUGCGCUGGAAUGCCGUUUACUCGCUUAUUACCAUAAUGUUAGGGACUAUGAAAGUUUAAAACAAUAUAUCAACCUAUGGAUGUCUCUCUAUGGAUGGAAUAGGGAGAUUG